AUUGUUGCGGGGGAUGCCGGAGCAGCAGAGCUUUUCGACAGCUGCUGGACGACUACGCGAGAGAAGCAGGAAGUUGUCCGAUGGUUGCUUUUUGCAGACAAUAAAGCUUCGAAUCACUGACAUUUUUUGCUUUUGUCGUUAAAGACGAUGCAUUCGAGUUCCGCAAGCGUGCAAACUGGCAGCUCGCCCCCGUCUCCGGUGGACAGCAGCCCCAGGAGGCUGUCGUGGGGCAAUCUGGUGCAAAAGCUGACCGACAGCAUGGAGUCCAGGUCCAACAACAGCAGCAGGAGCGACCUUUCGGACUCCGUGUCCGAGGUGUCUGAGGAGGACCUCUUCUACGACCCCACGGAGGCGGCCAUCCUGAAGGAGGUGGUGCAGCUGAUCGAGCGCAGCCUACGCGAGGCCAAGGACUCGACGUGCGCCCUGCGCUGCGCCAAGCUCCUCAUCCCCGACCGCCUCCUGGAGCGCAUCGGGGGCGAGCUCCUGCACCUGGCGGCCAGCGAGCCGUGCGGCCUGCGCGGCGCCCUGGUGGACCUGUGCGUGGAGCGGGGGCCGCAGUGCGAGAGCGUGGCGCAGCUCUCCGCGGACCCCUACCUGGUGCCCACCUUUCAGCUGACUCUGGUGCUGAGGUUGGAGUCUGGCGGGCUGUGGCCUAAGAUCCAAGGACUUUUUAGCUCCAGAUCGCCGGCGGGGAGGCAAGCUAUCAAGCUGAGCACCGGAUUCCGCGUCAUUAAGAAGAAACUGUACUGUUCCGAGGAGCUGCUGAUUGAGGAAUGUUGAAGAUGACUGUAACCUAACAACGAAUGAUGUCACUAUGGUACAAGCGAAGCAUUCUCAAGCAAGUGUGUACCUCAGUUUCUAUGGAAACCGCCCAAAUGGCAGCUACAGCUAUACGGUUAUGAGAUGAAAACAAACACACACAAAAACUACAUCAUUUGACAUAACAGCUUCUAGUCAAACGUCAUUCCAUACCUCUGUGGACAAUUAUUUAUUUGAUAUUCAAAUACUCAUAUGACAUUGCACUUUGUUUGCACGUUUUGUUUUGCUUUUGUAUUUUCACAGCUGCAAAAAAAAAUAAAUUAUUUUUUUAACAA